AUGAUGCGGCUCUACACGGUUUCUUACAUCAUUCUGUCAUUAUUAGUAAUUAAAAAAAGUAAUGAAAUUUCAAGUCCUCUUCAACCAUAUACAAGUUAUCGAUAUUCAACUGAACUACAGCGUAAUGUAGCUGAUCUUUGGUGGACAGUAGAUGAAGCUCAGCAAGAAAUUACUUUUGAAUUACAUAUUAAAACAACAGGAUGGAUUGCUUUGGGUAUAAGCCCGGCUGGUGGAAUGAAAGGUGCCGACAUUGGACUUGGAUGGAUUGACCAAGAAGGUCAAGUUCGUUUUCAAGAUCGAUAUACGAGUGGUUUCUCGCAGCCGAUCAUUGAUAACACAACAACAGAUUGGUUCGCACUUAAAGGUCGUGAACAAAAUGGUUGGACAGCUAUUCAAUUCAAACGAUCUUUUGAUACUUGUGAUAAAAUGGAUGUUCCAAUUAAAUCUGGUACUAAUACUCUUAUCUUUGCGUAUGGUCUUGAGGACCCUGAUAUGUCUCAAUCAGAUGGCUUAAUAUAUUAUCAUGAUAAUCGAAGAGGUUCACGCAUUAUUCCUCUGCGAUCUUAUGGUAAUCCAUCAACAGAAGAAAAGUUUGCUGGUCUUGACUAUUUUGAAUUCAAAUUUGACAACUACGUUGUACCAGCAACUGAAACUACUUAUUAUUGCAAAAUCUACAAAGCACCAACCAAUUUUCGACAACGAAGACAUGCAAUUGCUGUAUGUGUUUCGUUCCUUCUCCAAGAACUCAUGAGAAUGGCUCAUAAGAAAAAUUCGAAACUUUCAGGAUAG